AUGCAGAAUCAAGAUGCUGCCAUCAAGAAACUGGAAACACAGAUUGAAUUCUUAUUCAAACAAAACACUGGGCACAAUAAUUGCAGCAAUAUUAACUCAAUACCAAGGGAAGAAUGUCAGGCCAUCACCCUCAAGAGUGGGAAGGAACUGAAGGAGACCCAUAAGAAACCACCAGAGAAAGAAUUGGAUGAAGAAAACAAGGGACAUGAGGAAUCUCACACCUCAAUCCCCAAGUCACAUCAAGAAAGGGAAGUACCCAAUCCAUGCCUCUCAAAGGUCCUAUACCCACAGCAGUUGCAAUUAAAGAAGAAGGGAGAAGACAACCAAUUCUCAAGAUUCUUGGAGAUCUUCAAGAAAUUACAAAUAAACAUACCAUUUGCUGAAGCAAUCGAGCAAAUGCCGCUCUAUGCCAAGUUCUUGAAGGAGUUAAUGACCAAAAAGAAAAGCUGGAAGAAUAAUGAGACUGUGGUACUUACAGAAGAAUGCAGCUCCAUCAUCCAACACAAAUUGCCUCAAAAAUUGAAGGAUCCUGGGAGUUUCCAAAUCCCCUGUAUCAUUAGAGAAAUCACUGUGGAAAAGGCCUUAUGUGAUCUAGGAGCCAGCAUAAACCUAAUGUGUCUAGCAAUGAUGAAAAAGAUGAAGAUUGAAUAA